GGCUGUUUCAGAGUGUGCCUUCAUGUCAUUCGACAAAGUAUGCCAUGCUGCCAGCCCACGCAAUGGGUGUAUGGCCAACCAAGGCCUUUGACACGUGCAGUGAGCUUGGUCUAGCUCUGCCGCAGCUAGAAGACAAAGCCUGUGUCCUUGCCAGCAUCCCCGGCAGUGCAUUCAGUCCGACUGGUGCGUCCAUGCUGUGGAUUCUGGACAGCAAAGGCGCUCCCGCUAUGGUAGACAGGCAGGGAAUGUGGCACAAACUAAGUUACUCGGCAGCUGACAAGGCUUUGCCAAUAUGUAUAGGCGACUUUCAAGGAGAUUGUCCGGGUAUCAUACUCAAACCUGCUUUUAAGUUUGGAAAGGUUAUGUCCAUCACCUCCUAUCAGUGGGCAUCCAAGCAAUGCACUGGGACAUUCCCACGGGGCAAUUCGCUACCCGGCUGUUACCUCACAUAUUUCCAACGCCUGGCAAAGUUUGUUGGCCUGCCCCAUCUCACCGUCUGGGCAAAAAAGUAUGGUUCUAAACAAAGAUACUUUAGUACCAGCAAUGGCUUGACAUCUCGCCUUGAUCACUCGUCUGGCUUGAGUCAUGCUGUCAUUUGUGUAGAAAUGAAAUGCUCCAAUGCAUACUCCAAUAAGGUAUAUACCUGCAGCGGUGUCAGACUAAGGUUGCUCCCGGACAAUAUUGAUCCAGCGGUUGAGAAACU